GGAGCCCGGUUCAAAAGCCGCGUACUUGUCUUAGGGCAUAUCUUCUCCUUCAGUCGAAAUUUGAAAGGCAAACCAAAGAAGAAUUUUUGUAUUAACAAGUUACUUCCGAGUUACUGAGCGACAAAAUCGUCCUGGCUUUGCUUUUUCUCCCUCAAAUCUCUUUGAAUUGGGUUGGGUGAAUAAAUAGGACAUUUAGAUGUUGGGGAAAGGAAGGAAAGUGUCUGGUAGAGGAGAGACGGUCACGGCAAAUUAUGCUUUUGGCCCAGCUGAAGAUGAUGCUAUUAUAAAACACAGGCUUCUGACCCGUACAACUACUACGAGAGGCGAACCACCAUUGAAGAAACUUCAAAGGAAGUUUACCUCAUUUGUGUUAGAGGUUGAAAAAGAUGAAGAAAACUAUAAUGAUUGCGCAAAACUUUCCAAGGCUUUCUUACAAGAGUUGUCCACUUUUGAGAUUCCUUUACUAAAGAGUAAAGCUGUUAUUGAUGCAAAUCUUAGAGAGAAGGAGAACUUCAAUGAGUUAAAAGAUGAGAUAAAUAGGCAGAUAUCGCUUGUGCAGACUGACAUAGAAGAGCUAAAGAAACAACUAGAGGAAAGUAAGAUUGAAAGGCAACACAAGGAGGAGUGUGAGGCUAUUAGGAAACUGAUCUCCGCACAGCCACCAAGAUCCGAGACACAAAAAAGCAUAAGAGAGAUAGAGAAAGAGAUUGCGGCAUUGGAGGCAGAGAAUACUGCUGGUUCAAGGUUGCUGGAGCUUCGGAAAAAACAGUUUGCGUUGCUGCUGCAUGUGGUGGAUGAGUUGCAAAAUACCAUAGAAGAGGAUCAGAAGAGUUUGAUCGAGGAGAUGAGAAUGGUGACUGAAGAGCAGAAGAGUGGGAUGGAUGAUGCCAGUGGGGGCUCUGAAGCCAUGGCUGUUGAUUAGCUGGGUGCUGCAUCCAAGUUUUGCAGUUGUAAGGUUUUGUAAAAUCAUGAUCCUUUCCAUCCAAAUAGUAGUUUUGAAGUUUUAUGUAGUGGAACAUCAGAAUAUUCUUAAAACUGUUGUUUGUGGCUUUUGAGCUAACAUUUGAAUUACUAAUGGUCCACAAUCGGAGUAGGAUGUGGAUAGUUGGCUUGAUACUGCUUUGUUACUAAUUGAUCAGUCUUUCUUUUAGUCU